UUGCAUGUUGACGAUAAACUCAGCACAUGUAUUUUUGUUGAUGGAUGAUGAAGUUUAUUUCUUGAUUGUUUGUACUAAGUAGGCUUAGUAAAGUGAAGUUUUAUUACAACCAGAGUUUUAUUAAAUCAUGUACCUGUAAUAGGUAAGCACUAAUAGUCAGAAAUUGCAGUAAUAAUGCCAAGGAAGAGUACUAAAAUCCUAGGCCCACCUGCCGACACUUCGCCUCCAGCCGAAAAUAGGCCUCCUACUACACACGGCGGAGCUGGAGUCGGAGAAGAUAGUGACAGUAAUGAUGAUGACUUAGGCCUAGACUUAAGCGGAAAGAAAGAAAGCGUCUCAAUCCCUCUUAUGUUGCCAACUAAACGUAGGAAGACCACCAAAGCAUUGGGGGAAGAUGAAUCAGAAAGAAGGGCGGAGCGAAUGUUGGAAAAAGUAGUAUUUGGAGGAGAGCAAGCAAUGUUAGAUUUAUUUGAUAAAUCUGAAACCAAAGAAGUCAUUGAUGAGGUAUCAGAUGAAGAACUAUUUUUCAUAGACCGUGGAGAUAAUUUACAAGGAGUUUUAGACAAAUCUAGACCAAAGCCUGCAUGGGAAGAUGAAGAUGACGACCAGAUUACGCUUGAUUUAACUGGAAGAAGGAAACAUCAAGAUAUUAGACGAAGUGAUGAGAAAGAAAUUUCAGGCGAUAAAUUAAAACAGCGUUUAAAAUCUCAGUUUGAAAAUUUAACAGGUUCCAAACCAAACUGGGCGAAAUUGGAAUCUGAGAAAGAUGAGCGUAAACGAAAAGGUGCUAGCAGUGAUGAAGAAGAUGAGGAGGAGGAAGACCUGUUGAAAAGAACUGGCGAUUACUUGGCAUCAUCGAAGUCAUUAACAAAGGGUUUACUUGAUAUAAAGAAAUACACAGAUGCAAAUAAAAUGUCACCGUCGGAGUCUUGGAUAGAGUCUGUGGAGUUCCAUCCAAAUGCUCAUGUGUUACUCACAGCAGGAAAGGACCUCCGACUAAAUUUAUUUCAGGUUGAUGGUAAAAGCAACCCAAAGAUUCAGAGUGUAUAUAUGGAAAAGUUUCCGAUAACAACAGCGCACUUCUCAACUAACGGGGAAGAAGUCAUCAUGUCUUCUAAAUGCAAAUGGUUUUAUGUUUAUGAUAUGAUUGCUGGGAAAAUCAUUAAUAUUCCUUACAUCAGAGGUAUCAAUGAAAGGAAGUUAGAAAAGUUUGAAGUUUCACCUGACGGCCAGUAUUUGGCAUUUCUUGGUAGCUAUGGUCAAGUUUAUCUGCUAUCAGCAAAGACAAAGGAAUGGAUCUCUACAUUAAAAAUGAAUGGAUCAGUGGAAGCAGUAGCAUUUUCUAAAGAUGGAAAAACGCUUUACUCAACAGGAGAUGAUGGUGAAGUUUAUGUUUGGAAUCUGCAGAGCAGAAAAUGCGUUCAUCGAUUUGCCGAUGAGGGAUGCGUAAAAGGAACAAGCAUAGCGGUAUCGCCAAGCAGCAUGUAUUUGGCUUGUGGAUCUCACAGUGGUGUUGUUAAUGUUUACAAUCAUGACGAAUGCUUAUCAAAGUCUAGACCAAAGCCAAGCAGAGCUAUUAAGAAUUUGACCACACCCUGUACGAAGGUUCUAUUCAAUUCGACCAAUGAGAUAUUAGCUAUUGCGUCAUGUGCUGUAAAUAAGGCCAUUCGAUUGGUGCAUCUACCUUCCUAUUCAGUGUUCUCAAAUUUUCCAGAGCUGAAUGACAGAAUAGGAAGAGUCAACUCGAUGGACUUCUCUCCAAGAAGUGGUUUUAUAACACUUGGAAAUAAUAAGGGCCAAGCACUUCUUUACAGGUUAAAGCAUUUUUCAGAAUCUUAGCGGUUGACAACGGGUGGCAUGCGAUAAGAUGCAUCUUCUAACAUUGGCUAGUUUACAAACAUCUUCAAGAAAACAAAAGUAAAUUUUUGAGAUCCUGUUUUAGGGGCAUCAAGUACUUUCGUAUAUACUUGAUAAUCGAGUUACUAUCUAUGACAACUAAUAAAAGAACCAAAGCCCUCCCUCUAUAUUUUAUAUUGUAAAGUUAGGCUUGCUGAAUCCAGGUGGGGCUAUAUGUAUUUUUGCAGCAAUGCACUUUGCCAUAGAGUUAAUUAAGACCAGUAGGACCUAACUGAUGAAGUUUACUGACUGUAAAACUACUGAAAAAUGGCAACAGUGGAGAAGGUGAAGUGGAUUUGUUGGGAGUUUUCUCAAAAAUACUAAAUGUAUCAUCAUAAUCUUGACAUUUCUUUGGGAAGAAAAUACUGUAUUGCAUCUAAAAAUAUAUCCACAUGAAAGAUUAAAAUGAAUUUUCAAGAUUUUAUA